GGAGUUCUUCGUUGGCCGGCACAACCCAACAUCCUUCGCUUAAAGUCUUACUUUACUGAUCACAGGUUUAAAAGGACUUUCGCCUGUGACGGUUCCUUUAGCUGCCGGCAAAAAUGUCGCUUCUUCGAGCAUGUUCGCGGCCUUCGAAAGGGCUAUCGGCUCUCCGAUCACCUUUGCGGUCGGUAGCCAGAUCCAACCGAUCACUGCCACCAGCAGUGACGUGCACGCGAACGCGGUACCAGAUGACAUUUCACCGGAACAUGUCUACCAUCUCAGAGAAGGAAACCAUUGUUAAACUCCUGUAUAACAUUGGCUCUCGCAAGGAAGUGGAGCAAUACCUUCGUCAUUUUUCAAGCGUCGAAUCACACCAAUUUGCGGUUAUUAAAGUUGGCGGAGCGGUUCUCACGGAUGACUUGGAUACGCUCGCUUCAUCACUUACCUUCCUUAAUCGCGUUGGACUGUACCCAAUUGUGGUCCACGGAGCCGGCCCUCAGCUGAACCGACUUUUAGAGGAGGCUGGAGUAGAGCCAGAUUAUAUUGAAGGGAUCCGUAUCACGGACGCGAAAACGUUGGAGAUUGCUCGGAAAGUCUUUCAGGAGGAGAAUCUGCGAUUAGUAGAAGCUUUGGAAAAGCUAGGAACGAGGGCCAGACCAAUAAAUGGGGGUGUCUUUACAGCAGAUUAUCUGGAUAAGGACAAGUACCAGUAUGUGGGCCAGAUAAAGCAUGUCAACAAGGAGCUGGUCGAGAGCAGCAUCAGGGCAGGGGCUUUACCGAUUCUUACCAGUUUGGCGGAGACGCCAUCCGGGCAGAUCCUCAAUGUUAAUGCAGAUGUGGCGGCUGGAGAGCUUGCUCGUGUGCUUGAGCCACUUAAAAUUGUAUAUAUCAAUGAGAAGGGCGGGCUCUUCCACGGUGUAACUGGCAAAAAGAUGGACGUUCUCAAUCUUGACGAGGAGUACGAAUCGUUGAUGAAGGAAUCUUGGGUUCGGUACGGGACUAAACUGAAGAUCCGCGAAAUCCAUGAUUUAUUGAUGCAUCUCCCGCGAUCCUCGUCCGUGUCUAUCAUCUCCGCCGAACAUCUACACAAAGAACUGUUUACACAUAGUGGCGCUGGUACACUCAUCCGUCGCGGUCACCGUGUGUCGCGCCACACUAAUCCCAGCAAGCUGGACUUGGAUCGCUUGCGGAUUUUGCUCCAAGACAAUGAUCCCGACGUAUUGCAGGGCAAUACGUCCGUGGGGAAGUAUCUACAAAGUCUGGAAGGACAGGAUGUACAGAUAUACAGCGACGCAGCUUUUGACAUUUUCGCCGUUGUUGCUAAGCCCAGUGGAGAUGGCAUCCCGUUCUUGGAGAAGUUUGUUGCCACUAAAACUGCCGUGCUCAACAAUGUAACGGAUAACGUCUGGCAGAUGAUCAAGAAGGACUUUGAGAAACUUGCUUGGGUCGCACUUAAAGAUGACCCAAACAAGACUUGGUAUUUCGAACGCGCAGAUGGCAGCUAUACCGCAGGCGAUAAGACUCUGUUUUGGUAUGGUAUUGACAAUCUCGAAAGUGUCCAGGGAUACUUGAAGCACUUCUCCGAAGCGGCUCAACGUGGACAAUCAGGCGCGACAUCAUCCAACAUUGCGGCAGCUUCUGCGGGUGCACCAUUGUUUUCGACGGCUAGGGGUGUGCGCAGUUUCUCUACUGUUCCUGGAGGACAGCGAGGACAGCAACGACGUGGCUUUGCUACUACUUCUUCCUCUCGGGCCAGGAUAGGGCUCAUCGGUGCUCGCGGAUACACUGGUCAGGAGCUCAUUAAGCUCAUUGAUAAUCAUCCAAACGCGGAACUUGCAUACGUUUCAUCUCGCGAGCUUGUGGGCAAGCCAUGUGCAUACUACAAACGGUCGAAAGUUACCUACAGCAAUCUGUCACCAGAGGACGUGAAGAAAGUCAGCGAUGUUGACUGUUGGGUUAUGGCUCUGCCCAACGGAGUGUGUAAGCCAUUUGUGGAUGCUGUGGUUUCUAAAGGAUCCGAGCACCCAUUGGUUCUCGAUUUGAGUGCCGACUACCGCUUCACGAACGAGUGGCAGUACGGACUGCCCGAACUGUAUGGACAUCGUGCCAAGCUCUCUGCUGGAAAUGUGAGGAAGGUCUCGAACCCUGGAUGCUAUGCCACCGGAUCACAACUCUCGAUCGCUCCUCUGGUAAAACACCUGGAUGGAAUUCCCACCGUCUUUGGAGUUUCUGGUUAUAGUGGAGCAGGAACGAAGCCAUCUCCCAAGAACGACAUCAACAACCUCCGUGACAACCUUAUUCCGUACGCCCUAACGGAUCACAUCCAUGAGCGGGAAGUGAGCCGCCAUGUUGGUGCACCGGUAGCAUUUAUUCCACACGUUGGUCAGUUCUUUCAGGGAAUAUCAUUGACGGUGUCCAUCCCAUUGAACAAAACCAUGAAUGGCAAUGACAUUGAGGACAUCUACAGGGAGGCAUACGAUGGUGAGAGAUUAGUACGAGUAUUCAAGGAGGGGGAGAUUCCGGAAGUGAAAGACAUUGCUGGGCAACAUCACGUAGAAAUUGGAGGGUUUAAAGUACAUUCGGGAGGAAAGCGAGUAGUUGUGGUUACCACUAUCGACAACUUGCUGAAAGGUGCAGCCACACAAGCGUUGCAGAAUAUUAAUCUGGCGCUGGGUCUGGAGGAGUUUGCGGGUAUCCCUGUUAAGCCUUAACUUCUUGUUCUGACACUGAUUCAUGUAGUAUAACCAGCCCUUUAUAAAUAAACAUUGCAUAAGGACUAUUGCUCCUUCGUAUUUCGAU